AGUUGAGCUGCUGUGACGUAAACGCGUCAAGCUCUGGGCUAACUACGUCUUUUCAACCUACUGACCGCAGCUUUAGGAGUGUCAGCUAGGGAAACACGGCAUGGCUGUGUUUAAGGACUGCACUGUGCUUUUGGAGCUGAAAACGCUGCCUUUCAAGGAGAAAAAGAAGCUGAAGUCAGCAAUAACAGAGAAUGGAGGGAAUGUUUCCUAUGUGGUCAAUAAACAGUGCUCCUUCAUAGUGGCCACUGAUGUGACCAGCCUGAGCAGUAACAGACUACGCAGCAUCCAAAAGUACCAAACCCCUGUGGUUGGGUUGCACUAUGUGAACAGCUGUAUAAAAAACGGAGCUGUUCUGCCUUUGGAUGAUUACAAGCUGGACACUUCCUCUUCUACAUCUCCAUCUUCUUUUUCUCUCCGCACACCAGAGCCCGACCUAAUCCCAUGUCAGGUUUUAGGAAAAGAAAAAAAACAGAUGGAGUUAUGCCAUUUUAACAAAGUACCAAAGAAAACAACAGACCCUGGUGCUCCUCCACCAUGGCAUGAAGGCAUUCUGAAAAAGUACAGACUUUACUCUGAAUCCCAUUCUGAUCUCCCAUCAUAUCCGAACCAUUUUCAAGUGGCCAAGUUUAAAACCUUUAAAAAGAUAAAUGACUACGUCUGGUAUGUGCUGGAGCUACAAAGUUGCAGAGGACAGAAAGAACAGCGGUACCGUGUGGUUCAAUUUCGUAAGGACAAGCACUCGGCUAAAGGAGUGAUGGAUGUGCUGGUGUUUCCACCUACCGCAGAAGAAGCUUUAGAAGUAUUCAAGGCAUUGGAGGUCACUUUGUUGUCUAGUGGUCACAGGGAAAUGUCCUACGAGCUGGUAGAUGCCCCCAGCCUUGGCUCAUUUCAGCUUCAGCAGCUGUUGCUUGAUGAGAAACUGAGCACAAUGAACCUAUCAGAGACGGUGGCCAUGUUUGUGGAGCUGGUGUGGACCGAGUGUUUGGGUUACCUUGACAACGUUCUCCAAGUUUCCGUCGACAAGCUCAGCCUCAACGAUGUGACCAGAGCCGAGGGGCUGCUGCUCCAGGUUCAAAAGAUGCUAAGAGAUAAAAAACAUGUUGGAAUGAGAGAACUUUAUUUAGAGUUUCACUCUCUGCUGCCACAUAAACAAAGGACCUCUCUAGAUAUGAAGUCCAUCUCUCAGAAGCUGGACUUGUGCCAGUUAAUUAGAGAUAUUCUGAAUGUGACUGAGAUGACUCUGGGAAGCCCUACUCCUUCCAGCUUAGGAAAGUACCGUGCACUGAGGUGCUGCAUUGAAGCCGUUCCUCCUGAAAGCUCAGAGUUCCACACUGUGAUAGCUUUGCUGGGAGACAGCAGUCUGCAGAUCCAACAGGUUCUGAAGGUGGCCAGAGUGUUGGAGCUUCAGACUUUUAAAAGUGAUCUUGGGAACAUUAAGCCACUCCUUCACUCUUCCAGCCCCAGCAACUUUGUUGGAAUUCUCUCUCGUGGUCUUCUCUUGCCCCACAUUGGAGUGGAGCAUCAUGGGAUUGAGAGGACAGAUGUGGGAAACCUGGGCAGUGGAAUUUAUUUCAGCAAUGCUGUGAGCACCUGUCUUAAAUACUCUAAACCCAGCACCACUGACGGUUCUCGGCUGCUGCUGGUCUGUGACGUGGCGUUGGGUAAAUGUAAGAAGGUCCAAAAAAAAGAUGUGACGCUGACCAAAGCCCCAGAGGGCCACGACAGUGUACACGGAGUCAGAUGCUCUGGUGACAACGACUCCGAGUUUGAGGAUGAUGAGUUUGUGGUGUACAGUCCUGAUCAAGUGAAACUCAAAUACGUGGUUCAGUUCACUGUUGAGGACGACCAACUGAAGGAGUUUAGUCCUGCUGUAAACACCACACAAGAGCCUGUUUCCAUGACAGAAACCCAGACUGACAUGUCGUUAACCACCGAUGACGAGUUCAUUGAAAACACAUUAGAGGAUGUGACGCCUGGUUUGCUGGACAGCGCUGGACAACAGCUUCCUCUACAGGCCGUUCACGUGAAGUGCAAACUUAUGGACUUGGUCUCACAGGUGAUAAUUUUCCAAAAAUACACCAACACAAGCACCACGCCCAUUGAGGCAAAGUAUGUCUUCCCACUGGAUGAUUUAGCGGCAGUGUGUGGAUUUGAAGCCUUCAUUAACGGCAAACAUGUCGUGGGACAGGUGAAGGAAAAGCUGCAAGCUCGGAAGGAGUACAAGGAGGCUGUGGAGAAAGGCCAUGGAGGGUAUCUGAUGGACCAGGAUGCUGCUAACGUCUUCACCAUCAGUGUGGGAAACCUGCCACCAAACAGUACUGUCCUGAUUAAAGUGACAUUUGUGUCUGAGCUGAUCAUCAAAGAUGGAGGAAUUCUGUUCACCCUGCCUGGAAGUGUGGCUCCGUGGCAAGAGAGGUCAGCACUGAACCAGACCACUCAAGUCACUGUGGAAAAGGUGUCUGUGACUGGGGAGGCAGCAAGUUCAAGAGAGUUUUCGUUGGAUAUGUCAGUUGAAAUGCCAAAUGCCAUCAAAACCCUGGAGAGCACCACUCACCAAAUUAAGAUGAAGUUAACAGACUGUAAGGCAGUGGUGAGCGUGCUGCCAGGACAAGUCAUUGGCACAGAGGGUUUCCAGCUGUUUGUCAGUCUGUCUGUGGUUCAUUUGCCAAGGAUGUGGGUGGAGCAACAUCCGGAUAAGAACAAUCAGGCCUGCAUGUUGGUCUUCUAUCCAGACUUUGACACCGGCUUCAACUCAGAAGACAAUGAAAUCGUCCUGUUAGUGGACAAUUCUGAGUCCAUGAAGGGUGAGCCUGCCAGUGUCGCUCGGAGAAUCGGACACCUGGUCCUAAAAACCCUUGGAAAAAAUCACAAAGUGAGAAUCAACAUCAUCGUUUUUGGCACAGCUUACAUGGAAACAUUCGAGAUGGCACAACCUCUUGGCGAGGUCUACCAGAUAGUAGAAAACGCUAUCAAGACGCCCUCUUCAAUAGGUGGCAGCACUGAGCUCUGGCGUCCACUGCGCACUCUAAGCUUGCUGCCUCCUUCCCGCGGAAUCAGAAAUCUGCUGCUGCUCUCAGACGGACACAUUCAGAACCCAGAGCUGAUCCUGCAGCUGGUCAGAGACAACGUUCAGCACAGUCGCCUCUUCACCUGCGGCGUCAGUCCAACAGCCAAUCAGCACAUGCUAAGAGCUCUGGCUCAGGCUGGGGGAGGAGCCUAUGAAUUCUUUGAUACAAAAAUGAAGCACAAGUGGGCAGAUAAGGUGGCGUUCCAAGUGAAGCGUAUGGCCUCUCCAGGCUGUACCUCAGUGUCAGUGAAGUGGCAACAGUUCAACCCAAUAGCGCCUCCAGCUAUACAGGCUCCCAAACAGCUCCAUGCUCUCUUCAACAACUGCCACACACUGGUUUAUGGCUUCGUUCCUCACUGCACACAGGCAACACUUCAUGGGAACCUGAGUGGUCAGGAACUCAAGACAAUGGUGUCAACCACUGAGCUGCAGAAGACUAAAGGCACAUUUCUUCACAAGCUCACAGCAAGGGCCCUCAUCAGGGACUACGAAGAUGGGAGCCUGGACACCAAUGAAGCCAAACAUGAGGGCAAGAAAGCAGAAUUAAAAUCCUUUGUUAUUCAGCUAAGCGAAGAGUUCUCCAUCUUGUCCCAGUUCACCAGCUUCGUAGCUAUUGAAGAAAGGGACUCGGAACAACCUGAAGGAUUCACUGACAUCUCCAAGUUGGUCGCAGAGGAAGAUGUGGACCUGCUCCCUUAUAUGAGCUGGGUUUUUCCAGAGGAACAAAGGGAAAGUCAUGUGGACGAGUUGCUUACCUCAUUUUCCUCAGUAGAUGAUGAUGAAGAAGAAGAAGAAGAAGAAUUUUGUGGGAAUACCAUUCAGGGCGACAUAUAUGACAUGAUUGAGUAUUCUUCAGUCUGCCAGUCUUUGGACUAUGACCCACCCCCUCCUCUUCCACCUCCCUCCCCCCCUACUACUACUGUUUUGGCUGAAGUACCUUUAGCCAAAUUUGGCAUUCCACCUCCUCCUCCUCCUCCAUAUCGUCCAAAAAGAUUUUUUCAAAUCUCAGGAUCUAUGUUACCGCCAUGUCCUCCUCCACCUCCCUGCCCCCCUACUACUAAUGUUUUGGCAGAUAUUCUAGAAAACCAGGAAUCUUCAUUGCCACGUUUCCGCCCUCCUCCUCCUUCCUUCGACCUCUGCAGCAGCGAAGUCGGUUCGGAAUUGUACGGUGCAUUGCCUAUUUCUUUACAUGAAAGGCCUUGCAUGAAUUCCAUCCCACACAAGUUGGCUGGGUCUUCCUCGGUUGGGCCUUCCUCAGCCUCUUCAUUCCAUAGAAAGGCUUUUAGUUCAUUUGGCCUCAAGACUCAAGAGUUAGAACACACUACGUCUUCUGAUCAUCGCAGACAUAAAGCUUUCAAAAGGACACUGGUAAAUAAAUGCAGUAUCUCACCAGAUUUACAGCAAGACAGUGCAUCAGAGGUUAUGGAGAACAGGGCCUGGAGUGCAGUAGAGAUAAAGAGGUUUUACACUAGAGGGCGCAGAAACCGUGCAGCGGCAGUUGUCAACUGGACGCAGAUCUUCCUGAUUCAGCACAUUGAAGGUUACUGGGAGCUAACCCCACAACUGGGAAAUCUGAUCAACGUCAAUGUUGACGUCUUUGCCAAUGUGUUCCUCAAGGGCAAGGGCAUCUGUUCUCUGGGUAUGAAGGCCCAUACAGACAUACUGAGGUUGGUGGCAACUCUGCUGGUCCUACAGCUGAUGAGGAUAGAAAAGCUGGAAGAGGGCAAACUGCUGCGAAGCCUUUUCUGUUUAGACUCCAUCCAGCACAGACCACCGCGGUGGGAGGCGCUGCAGAAGGCAGUGGAGUGGGUUUGUUGGGCUGACAGGCAGUACCCCUCAAUCUACAGCCGCCUGGAGUUCGGUCUGAGCUGGGAGUCCUCCACCCGUCAGCUGCUGGGCUACGACAGCCUGCCCACCUUCUCACACCUGCAUGGAAUGAACGUAGUGCGCCCAAACUUGUGCUGUUCAUAAGUGAAGGUGAUUUCAGUAUAAUGAAAACAAACAUACAAAAUUGUUUUUUCAAGGGGGGAACUAGUGAAAAUGAAAACCAUUUCUGGUCAGUGUUUAUUCUUGGGACAUUUGAGGGUAGAUUUAUUUAACGUGAAAAAAUGAUUUUUUUUUUAAAUGCAAAACUCCAAAAUACUCAAAACUCCCUACUUCUGUACUGAGAUGUGUAGUCUUGGCAUUUCAUUUUAAAGCUCACAAAAAAUCAACUUAGUUAACAGCACAAAGUUUUUGGGGGCAGAAUUCUUGACAAUCUGAAUCACAUUUGUUUUAAGCUUUAGCUUCAAAUUAAGAUGUUUGUUUGAUCAAAUUAUGGUAAUUAUGAAUAAAUAUAGAUGUAUGAACAAAUGAUGACAUUGACAGCAAUACAGGCGGCACAGUACAUUGAAACAAUGAAGCACUUGUUAUGAUAUCAUGAAAACACACUUUUGAUGAUGGAAAUAUAUAUAUUUGAUUUAAUUUUAUUGCAGUUAAAUCAAUUUACAAUUGAAAUUUAAUCCACGGUUACUGGUUAAAAUAAGUUUGCGUUUUUUAUGAUUUAACCAGAAGUCCAUCUGUUCAAUAAUAUGAAACAUUCUCCCUUAAUAAAAAGAAACUUUCUGGUCU